AUGCUGUGUGUGCUGUCAGAUAGCGAGUUCGCCGACAAAUACGAGCAUGUACUUAUGGCAGCAUCGAGCGGGUCCUUGGCAGGCUCCAUGUGGGGGACAGACGACUCUGCCAGUCGAGAAGUGGAGCGGGUAGCGCUGGAAGAAACACUGGACCAGCGACGCUCGUGGUUUCUUAUCGGAGCAGCAGCUUUACUAUCGGCAUUCACUGUCAUGCUUUUCGUCAAUGGGCUUUGCUUAAGCUUACGACGAAGUGUUCGUGGAGCCUCGAAAGGAAAAGGCAGCAAAUCCACUCUGAUGAAGGCAGCAAGCGGUAGAACGAACAAUUUUUGGCACGAAAACACCGGUAACGUGAUGGAGCCAGACGACGAGGUCCGCCACUUGCUGACAUCAGAUCCACCGCAACCUGAGCCUGAGUUUGAUGCUGAAGCUGGAGAUUUGGCCGCAAAGAAGUCGAACUCGACCGACCCUAUCGUCUAUCUCCAACAAGAGCUUUUACACAGUGAAAUCGCUUUUUCGCUCAUCACACGUCGAAAACUCCUAUCAACAAUACCUGAAGCAAGAGAUGAAAGCUCUCCUGCGUUCAUUUACUUCAAAGCUGCUUUCCAAGGCAAGACGGUUGUGCUGAAAACUCUCAGCAUCACUGGAUAUCGCGAGAGCAAAAAUCAGCUGGCGGGGUUAUGGAGGUUUGUUGAGGAGAUUCGCUUGAGCUCCACGUUGUCGCACCCCCAGCUUGUUGCUUUCAGUGGAUUCGUCAAGAUGACUCGAGUCACUGAGAGUCGUGGCGACGAGGGUGUCGCUCUCGUCAUGGAGUAUAUGGACAAGGGAGACCUCAAUAUGUUCAUCCAAGAACACAAACGAUCUCUGCAGAGGAAGAAUGGGUUGGUUAGCGAAGACAAAAGUGACGACGAUUUCGACAUUCGGUCAGACGAUGAAAUUGGCCCCACUUUUGAACGCCAUGACGCUGGUAAGUGGAAUUGGCGAGGCUCGUCCGUCUACAAGAACAAACUUUCCAUUGCGAUCGAAGUGACGCAAGCAGUUCACUACUUGCAUUCGUUUCCACAACCUUUAUUCCACGGGAACCUCAGCUCCAGAAAAGUUUUCUUGGACACGUGUUGCAGUGCGUUGAGACGUUGGUCUUCCUCCCACAAGAGCGACAUCAGCUCUCUUCCUUCGACGGCAACGAGAUCUUCUGGACGUAGCAACUGCAGUUCCCAAACUGCAGGAGAGGAAAUCCACAUGGACAUGACAGUCUGGACAGCACCGGAAGUCCUGGACGGCCGGCAAUACACACAAAAAGCAGACAUCUACUCGUUUGGCGUGCUACUCUCACAGUUGGCCACGUACGAGUGCACCUCAGCUGAGCAUUUCGUCAUGGACGACACUGAAGCUCCGAUGCUGAACAACACAGACAAGGAAACAUCAGCAGACGGAGAGGCGCCGACUCCAAUUCGGCUGCUCACAUUCAGGUGUCAGGCGUUCCAACCGGAGAUCCGACCCACAGCGGACGAAUUGAUCCAAGAACUGUGUCGUAUUGAACAAGAACUCAAGGGAUAA